UGACUAGAUUUGCAGUUGUCUGGAACCCCUGUACGCGAAGUUGAAAGUCACGAGGUAAUUAUGUCUCAGAGAUCCUAUAAACUCACUUAUUUCAAAGCACGAGGCCGCGGAGAAUUUAUUCGGCUGGCUUUUCUCAUCGCCGGAGUCGAAUUUGAGGACUUCUGUAUCGAUUUUCAUGAGGAAUGGCCUGCCUUCAAAGCGACUGGCAAGUGUCCCUUUAAUCAGCUGCCAAUACUAGAAAUAAAGGAGGAUGCCAAUUCAGAACCCAUCAUGCUUAGCCAGUCUCUGGCCAUUUUACGAUAUCUGGCAAAUGAGUUUGGACUGGCACCUGACAGUAACUUGGACAAAGCAAGAGCCGAUGCAAUUGUGGAUGCUGUGAUGGACAUCAGAGCUAAGAAGAGAGAUAUCCAUUUUGAAAGUGAUCCAGCAGCUAAGGAAAAGCUCACAAAGGACUUCCAAGAGUCUCAACUACCAUCUGCUUUGAAGAAUCUUCAAAAAUUGUUUGAAGCCAAUGAAGGAGGGCAAGGGUAUUUUGUUGGCAAAAAGCUAAGCUAUGCAGACAUCUCAUUUUUUAACUUCCUGAACAGUUGGGUUGCAAAGGACAAGGUGAAAGGAUACCCAGUUGAACUGGAAAAUUUUCCUAAGUUACGAGGCCUUUAUGAGCGUGUGCGAGAUAUCCCAGCUGUAAAGAAAAGGCUUGAAACAAGGCCGGACACUGUGCUGUAAAGGAGGGUCUUCACAAGCUUACUAGCCUAGAGGAAGUGAACAUGUAACUUGUCGACAUGAUUGUUAUAGAUCAUCCUUCAAAAAGGAUUUUGAAAAACGGGAAGAAUGCUGACAAAAAGACGAAAGGGUCACGUGUUGUCAAUGGGUUAACUUGUAAAAGAAACUAUGUUUAGGCAAUCUUAAGACUAUGGUUUUUAAGACUAGAAGUUUCUAGAAUUCUUGAUGAAAUUAUUAAAAGAUAGUAUCGUAAAUGUU